GAGCGCACGCUGCCCCGUGGCCCCGUCGGUCUCAGAUGUGAACCUCUGGUGUCCGCGAGCGCACCCUGCCCCGUGGCCCCGUCGGUCUCAGAUGUGAACCUCGGGGUCCGUGAGUGCACGCUGCCCCGUGGCCCCGUCGGUCUCAGAUGUGAACCUUGGGGUCCGUGAGCGCACCCUGCCCUGUGGCCCAGUCGGGUCUCAGAUGUGAACCUCUGGGGUCCGCGAGCACACCCUGCCCUGUGGCCCUGUCGGUCUCAGAUGUGAAUCUCUAGGCGGCCAUCACUUGGGGUCUGGCUGAGGUGGUUUCUCCACCACCAGCCCCUAACGCCCAUGCUCCAUGUCAGUCUAGUGGCAGGAAGGUGGGCAGGCAUUGAGUUACGGGAUGGAGCACAGGGGAGGUAAACUGCCUUUUGUCCCAGCCCCUUGGGAGGAUUCCUUCCCCCUCAGUCCCAGGGCACCAACCCCUUUCCCUCUUGGCCAACUCCUCCCUCUCUCACUCCCUCUGGCAGUACUUGGCAUUUUUAGCGCCUUCUGGUCUUGGCUGUGUAAAUGUUUCCAUUCCAUCCCAGUCUUCCCUGCUCCCUGCAGACGGGGAGCCGUUGGGCCUGAUGAGUCACCGUUCAGCCCCUACAUGGCCAGGCCCUUUGCUGUACAGCCUGGUCGGCUUUAUGGUGGUGCAGUGUGGAGGGCACAAGCUUUUGUGGACACCGGGCAUAGGGGACCCCCCCAGGACUCAGGCCCAGAUGGCGUAUGGGAGCCAGCCUUGGGUGCCCGCCUCUCACCCCCACCUGGGGGCUGGGAAGGGCGCCUGACUCUGCUUACCCCAUACUGCCUCUUUGGGACCUGGUGCUGGGUGUCUCCCUCCUCUUCUUCCUGGCGGUCCUAAGACGUGAAUUCCUGAACCAUUCUGAAUGUCUUCUGUGGGUUUUGGGGAAAAUAACCUCACUGAAGCAUGAAAAUUUAAAGAUUUCCACUUUGCUUCUUUUGUGUCUUCCGAGACCUCCUCUGUCUCUCCUGGACAUACUUAGGUGCACGCACACAUGUGCACACACGUGCCUCCAAGAGACACAGCUGCUCCCUUUGUGACCUGGUGCUGGGGCAGCCCGCUCCUCACACAGUGGACGUCCCUGCCUGGACAGAGGACCCUGCCUUGCCGCCGUCCCCGAAGCUUUGCGUAGGUUGGAGGCCAGAGCUCCCCUGUGGAAGCCUUAUCCUGUGAAGGCAGGCCAAGCCCUGGGCCUCUGGGCGUCCACAGGGUCUUCCUCUGACACUGAGCAUUCUCCCCCAUGUCUCCUUGGCUUCUCAGCAGCCGUUCAGAGACAUGGUGAGAGCCCCUUACCUGUACUCGAGGCCCUUAUCAGCCCCCCGUGAGAAGCUUCCCGCUGGUCUGGGCAGUUCCAAGGGCAGAGACAUUGGGGGCCUCCUGGCCUAGGGGUACCCGUUUGUGUCCACCGGCAGCCCUGUGGUCCUCGGUGUUGGCCAGCGCCUCCCCGUGCACGGGCAUGGCCUCUCCUCCCGAGAGCAUUGGGACACCCGCCCCUGGCUUAGAGAUGCAGCCUCCAGCCCCCCGUGCCCGCACACGUACCAAGCACUCAUGAGGAGCCCGGCCCUGGCCGCCGCUCUCCUGUCCUCGCGGGCCAUCAGCCCUUAGCUCGAGAACACCCGUAGCUGGCACCAGGCCGGCCGCAGUGAGAGACCGUGCACCCCGCGGAGCAUCGCAGCAGCGCGGCCGCAGUGAGAGAGACCAUGCGCCCCGCGGAGCAUCGCAGCAGCGGGGCCUGCUGUAGGAUUUGGGGUUGGGUGGGUGCUUUGCAGGAGGGUCUGAGGAGUGGACGCUGUCUGUCAGAAAGCAGGGGCUGUACCACAACUGGGGUCCUCAGUGGUCUUGCCUGAGGGUGGUAAAGGGGCGGAGCGCACAUUUGGACCAGACAGGAGGGGGUUGAUGUCUGUGGCCUUCUGCGGUCUGCUUCACGCCGGUCCCAGCACCGGAUCUAAUGCCGGCGCUCUGUGGGUACCGUAGCACGCUGUACAGCCAGGCCGGCUGCCAGACCCUUGUUUCUGUACUCCCUCAACACGGCCCCUGCAGUGAUGCCACGUCCUGUGCUGUGGACCUCAGUGCCUGGCAAGGGGGUGCGGUGGCCACUGUGUGGCCCUGCAAACCCCUCCCCUGUCAGUCUCUGUCCUGCCAUCACCAGCUUUGACAUCCAGCCCCGCCCUCUGCUACCCUGACCUUCCUCGGGCCCUGACUGAGGGGCACGUGCAGGGCCCAGCCCUGUCCCCAGCAGUCCUGGAGGGCUCUGCUCUGUGAGCUUCCGUCAUUGCCCUGUCCCAGCAGCAGGUGAACACCGCCCCUCUGUGAGAUGGACAGCCCAGCGUUUCACUCCGUAGGCCUGUGAUCUUGGGCAAAUUAAUCAGCUCCUGGGCGUGUGUCAGCAGUACGUCACCCCUGAGUGUCUUUAAGAACAUUCUGUCAGACGAGGUGGCAUGUGGCAGGCACUUGGGUGCUUCCUUUCCUGCACAGAGAGGAUUCGGGUGGUCAUGAAGACCCUUUCCUUCCACACCACACUGAGCAUCACCUGAACACAAAGCCUGCCUUGUGCAGAAGGCUGGCUGCCCCUGCCUGCUUUGAAAACUGGAACCUUUCUUCCUUCCUAGGCUCCACCCUCUGGGUGGAAACACCGCGGGUCUGGGCUCCCUGCCCCGCCCAGCCACGGUCGUGGAAAGAGGCUCCCCCCAUUCCAGGCUUGUGCCCCAUGAAACUUAUACGUUCCAGAUGUGCCUCCUGUAAGACAUGCAUUGUACUCUGCCAGAACGAAACCCCUCCAGUUCGUGCCCGAGGAUGGAGACCCAGUGCGAGGAAUGCCUGUGGCAGCUCCGGGCGGCACCAAAUGUGUGUGCUGACGGCUGGCAAGCCUUUCCUAGCCCCACAUUCGGGACACAGAGCUAGAGCCACUAUUGGUCUUUCCUUCAUGAGGAAGACCGGGCAGUCUGCUCAGUCGCUUCCAGGUGGAAAUGCUAGAAAAAUAAAUCCCGUUUUAGUUUCUACUGGAGCCAACCUACAGUAUAGAGAAGCCUUCGUUCUCAGAGAGAAGUGGUGCUCCGCUGUGAAAUCGCCCGUCAGCCCGCGCUGUCAGCGGCGCUAGGCACAGCAAGCUGGAGGGGGCACGGAGGCAGGGAAAGAGAAGAAAGCCAAGAGGGCCGGCAGCUCACCUGUGUGAGGGGCCCGCACGCGGUCUUCUCCAGUCCUGCUCUCUGCUUCAGCUGCUCUGUGCUCGCUGGAAACAGCAGGCACAGACCGACGGUCCUGUAAGCAAGACAGGAAUUCGGUCUCAAGUCAUUCAAACCGCACACACUGCAUUUUAAGCAGAGUAUGGUUUGGCCAUGUGACCCAGAAAAAUUCAAAUCGGCCUACGGAGAGAGGUAGCUUCGUUUCACAGAAAGAGAAAGUAAUGUGCGUGCCUGUGCCUCCCAGUGUCUGUGGGCAUCCAGCGGUUUUCCUGUAGACUGCACACGCUGGCUGGUUCACAAAACGGUCCCUCCCAGAAAGCAGGCAACGUCUGCAACUUAAAAUAGGACCUAAAACCCCACCCAUAACAGGGGAAAGUGCUUCCAACCUGUGUAGACAAAGGAAAGUCCCCUGAAGCCUUCUUAAUGCGCUCAGCUCCAGGGCCAGCAUUGGUGCCACCACAACCAGGCACUGCCCUCUGCCCCCCGACAGCAGGGUGGACAUCAGUGAGUGCUGUGCCUGGAGCCUCACUCGGGUCAGGCGGAGUCAAGGCGCUGUUGCCACAAGGGUCAUCUGCAUCUGGUCACCCGCGCCCUGGCAAGGAGGCUGGGCACAGGACGGGGAGAAGCAGUGUUGGGGGCCAGGCAGGAGACGGCCCCCCAGCUGCCCGCGCUGACCCCGGAGGAGAAGAGGGUCCUGGAGAGGAAGCUGAAGAAGCAGCGGAAGAAAGAGCAGUGGAAGCGGCUGCAGGAGUCCGGAGCAGCCCAGACCCUGCCGGCCAAGUGCUCUGGGGCCCAGCUGGCCCUGGACUACCUCCGUGGGUUCCCGAUGAGCUCUUCUCGACCCUGCUGGCCUACCUGGAGGGGCUCAGAGGCUGCGCCCGGGAGGUGACAGUGCGGAAGGCGGAAGCCCUGAUGCGGGAGCUGGACGAGGCCAGCGGCACGGACCCCCUUCCGCCAGGGAAGACCCAGCGUAUCCGGCAGGUGCUGCAGCUGCUCUCCUAGCGGGUGUCCAGUGGGCCACUGCUGCCGCUUAGGACACAGCUGGCCCCACUGCUCAGCAGUGGGGCCCCAACGAGGGGCAGGCGGGGUUACCAGCAGGUCAGUGGCCAACGGGCCCAGGGGCUCCCAGGCGCUGAGUCCCCAUGCCUGCUGGCACCUGACCCUUGGGGGGACUGACUCUGUUUGGCCAGACAGUGUAUAGAUGAUGACCUGUUUUCGUCCCUUUACAGCAGAAAGUACCCACCCCGGCAUAACCUAGAGGUGCCCUCCUGGCCUCCCAGUGGCCCUCUAGCCCCCAGGGAGGUUGCUUAUUGAGGGAAAGGUCUAUUUUUUUUACUGGGAACAUCUUAGAGAUUGACCAGAGCCAGCCCUUCCCUCCAGCUGUGGUCUGUCCCAGUUGGCGGGUGAAGGUAGCCCCUCCGGUGCCGGCCACCGGCAUCCAGGUCACCUGCCUAUGUUCCCUGGCGGGUCCGGGCUGUGGCUCGCCCACCCCCCACCUCCCUGCUGGGGACUCACUGACCAGUCCCAGGGAAAACCGGACUGCAUUUUCAAUAAAACAGGCCCGUGUCGGCUGUGGCCC